AUGCCAGUCCACUACCUUAUUCUACUCUCCCGGCAGGGCAAAGUGCGCCUCGCCAAGUGGUUUACCACCCUCUCCCCCAAGGAGAAAGCAAAGAUCAUCAAAGAUGUCACCCAGCUAGUGCUGUCCCGCCGGACGCGGAUGUGCAAUUUCCUGGAAUACAAAGACUCCAAAGUCGUCUACCGUCGCUACGCAUCCCUUUUCUUCAUCGCUGGCUGUGCCUCAACCGAUAACGAAUUGAUCACACUCGAGGUGGUGCACCGAUACGUGGAGCAGAUGGACAAAUACUACGGCAACGUGUGCGAGUUGGAUAUCAUCUUCAACUUCCAGAAGGCCUACUUUAUUCUGGAUGAGUUGUUGAUAGCGGGAGAAAUGCAGGAGACAAGCAAAAAGAAUGUCCUUCGUUGCAUCAGUCAGCAGGACAGUUUGGAAGACAUGGAGGUUGAGGAAGAUGUGGUCACCAAGAUCAUGUAA